GGCUGAUUUGGUUAAAUUUUCGUUGUUAUCGCGGUUGCCGCACGUUUAUUCUUGGUCUGCUAAACAUAUUUAUGUAUUUGUGUGUGGGUGAAUCAAUGUUUGGAAUUUGAAUUGCAAAGCAAAAAAUUAUAAGAAUUAGAAAAAGUAAACAAAUUCGAAAACUCAUAAACAAAUGAUGUGCAAUGAUGCUAAGCGAAUGGCUAGCAUUAAAAUAAAUUCUGUUUUACGAGCUGUUGUUUGUAAUAAAUAUUAAGAAUAUUUUUUUGUGUCUGGAAAAUUUGGUGGCGAAAAGUAUUACCCCUACUUGUGUUCUUAAUAUUCUUGAAAUAUACAAAGAAAAUUUAAACGCAAGCUGUGCAUGUUUUGGGUAAUUGCGAAAAAGCAAAUUCUCCUAUUUGUGAAAAUCAUCUGCAAAGUGUUUUGUGUAUAACAGCGGAAAAGCCGCAUUGCGAAGUGCGUGUCUGUAUGUAUAGGAGGAAGCAAGUGGGUGGCUACUAGCUGAAUGCGUGUUGAACGCGAAUGUCCUUCAAGAAUUUUGCGCAAAUGUCAAGAAAAUGUGUUGUAUAAAGUGUAUAAACAAUUAUUAAACCGCAGAAAUAUCGAAUAAAAGUGCAAAACGAAGCAAAUAAACAGCAGAGUGCAUUUUUCGAAGUUGUGGGGUGCCGUUUGCGGCGCCCACAGUAUUACCAUUGAUUACUCAUCGUCUCGAUAAAAUAAAAAAAAGGUACCUAUAAGCAGUGUCUUCCCAGCCGUCGACCUUUUCCAAGUGUCAGAACACACACUCUCACACCAAGUGUGUAUGUAUGUGUCUUUAUGUGCGGGCAUUUAAUAAAAAAACAGGCGUAAAAAGACGAAAAUAGCAUAACAUAUUUGCAAUUUAAAAAUAACUAAGAAAAUAUCUAUAAAAAUAAAAGAACACGCGUCACACGCCAGCCAGGACGUGUACCUCCUCUGUGUUUGACAAACUUACGAAAAAUAAGAAAAACAACCACAAAAAAAGGAAACAACUCGUUUGUUGCCCCUGCUGUCAUCUGCUGCUACGUACCUAUACCAAGUGCUUCAGUGUUUGCCAAUCAUCUGUGUGCUUCCUUUCAACUUCUACACUUCUACAAAUACCAUCAGCCAACAACCAACAACGACUACGCACGCACUUGGAAUAGCGUCUUCCAACGCUGUGCGAUUCUCCUCCAUCUGUAUCGUAUUUUAUUUUUUUCCAUAAACUUGUUUUUUGGUAUUUUAUUUUUCACUUGUAUAAAUUCUUAUUGAAACGCGUUCGUCUUCUUCGCGUUGCCUGCCUGCCUGCCGUUCUUGCUGCUUCUAUUUGGCCUUCACAAUUUGAUUUGUGGCCAAGAUGAGCGAACGCAAAUUCACACGCGGCCUAAACAACAACAAAGCCGGUAUGGCGGCACAACUACGCGACUCCGUGUCGCAGGUGGUGCGGCAGAGUACGGCGCUGAUGCAAUAUCCUGCACUGGACAGCCGUAAUGCGAGCAAACCACAUGUGGUGGAGCCGAUCGACUUUGAGGGUUUUGUGGCCAAGAAUAAAAUGCUUAUACAAAAUGAUCCACAAAGGGAACUGCUCAUCUAUCCAAAUGAUGAUGUCUCGGAAAUCGUUAUGCCUCGCAAACAGCGCACAAAUACCAAAUCAAUCAUCGAUCGUUUCGAACCGCCCAACGAGGCUAUCAUCUGUCCGUUGCACGCUGGUACAAAUGGCACCAGUAACGGCUCGAGUAGCACUUCAAUUUCCCGACAGAGCAGUCAUACGAAUAGUCCAAAAUUUGCACAGCGCCAAAUGAGCAGUCAAUCGAAUACAAGUCUACAAAAUGGUAAUGGUAAUCUCUCGCGAAAAAGCUCACAAAGCUCGUGUACCAAAAUACAGCUGUCCAUUAAGUCACCAACUUCCUCGCAUGACUCAUACGAAUCGGCGAUUUCCACAAUGGGUUCAAUGGUUGGCGGUCAUAUAACUUCCACUUCGCAUUCGUCUUCAUCGUCGACACUAAAGUCCAGCAUACUCGCACAACCAGAAGAGGAUGAGGAUUUGGAUGGCUCAGAUGGUGGCACGAGUAGUACUGGAAGCGGUGGUGGUGCUGGCGGCACACGCGCCGAAUGUACACGCUUUACACGUCAAGCGUUGUAUACAUAUCGCGCCAAGAAUCAUCUUAUACAUUACAAAUAUAGCGCCUAUGGUGGGACAUGUCAUGAUUUGCCCAGAAUAAAUCCACCCGAAGCGCUGAUUGAGGAGGUGUACGAAAUUGAUGCCGAUCAGGAUCGCAUUGACGAACAAAUGACACGAUCUCAAGCCGAUACGAUAACGAAACAGGGCUACUUACUAAAGGGUCCCGACUCAGGUUCGGAUCGUAUGUUUGUGAAUAUAGGCAACAAGUCGUUCAAGAGGAGGUACUGCUAUCUGCGUCAAGAGGUCGAUGGCACCUACAUUCUCGAACUGCACAAAGAUGAGAAACAAGGCGAGGCUAAAGCCACUAUAGUCAUGGAUUUCUGCACCGAAGUUGUGCAGAACCCCAAACGCGGCCGCUUUUGCUUUGAACUCCGCAUGACUGCCGGCCAUAAGUCCUUCACGCUCGCCGCCGAAAAUGAGGAGGAGUUCAAAGACUGGCUGAGCAAAUUAUCGCUCGUUCUGCAACAGAACAAGAUCCAGGAGGACAAACGCGUCGCCUCGCUUGAGCGCGCGCCACCACCUACCACCAGCACUGUUAUCUUCGGCACGCUGAAGGGACUCGAUCAAUCUAUGAAUCCUCAAUUGAUUAAGUAUGGACGCGAAACGGACAUUUCCAUUGCGCAGGCUCGUCGCGAGCAUCGGCGGCGACUUUUCGCUUGCUAUCAAUCGAAUGGCAAAGCAACCGCCACCGACACUGUCGACCAAUUUCGCGAGCAAUUCGGCAAGCGCAUUUUUAUAGCCUGCAAGGGCUUGCGUUUUCGCCUACAAUGCGCUGGUGUCGACGGCUUCGAUGGCGAGAAUUUGUGUCAAGUAGAGCCAUACAUCACCAGCUUAGCGUUGUAUGAUGCGCGCGCCGGCCGCAAGCUAACCGAGUCCUUCUAUUUCAAUGUCAACGAUGAUAAUGUAAGCGAUAUGUUGCCAACAACGCCGGUGCCCAACUCUGUUGCCGCUUGUUGUGUGCCAUUGCGUCGCGCCGAUGAGAAGGAGGAUCGAACGCGCGCCCACGCUGGUGGUGGUGGUGGUGCUGCUGCCGCUGUUGGUGGUGGUAGCGUGCGCGUGCAAAAUUCGCUGCUGGAGAAUCUAUCGGGGGAUUUGUUGCGCUGCACCAAGGAACAUUUUGCGCACUUACGCCAGGCUAUAUUCUCAGUGACAGCGCCACAUCCGGACAUUUACUUAGUGUUGAAGGUGGAGAAGAUUUUGCAAGGUAGCAUAGUGCAAGCGGCUGAGCCGUAUUUGAAGACUGGACGCGAUCCAAAGAUUGCUUUAAAAUUGCACAAAACAGCGCGCAACUAUGCGCAAAAUAUUGGGCACUAUCGUCAGCCGUUCGCUUGGGCGGCUAAGCCACUCUUUCGGCUGUACAGAAAUGAAUUGGAUACGGAGAACGAUACGUUCGAACUGACGACCAUCUAUAGACAGGAAGCGAAUAAGCUGAAGGAUGAAGAGCUGCUGAAACUAUUGGCGGAAUAUCGAAAGCCAGAUAAGCUGAGCAAAUUAACGAUCAUACCGGGUUAUAUGAGGCUAACUGUCGAGGAGGUGGAGAAGGUGCCAGGUUCCUUUACUAAGUCUUUAGUGCCGCUAGCUAACUUCACAUUUCCACCCAAACCGCCCACGCUCGAAUUGACCGAAUUCCAAAGCAAUAGCACGCGCGACACAUACCCAUACAUAACAUUCUGCAAUCAUUUAUUUGUCUAUCCGCAGUAUUUGCAAUUCGAUAGUCAGAAAUUAUUUUCGCGCGCACGCAACAUAACCGCUGUCGUGGAGUUGCGCGACUCAGAUGAAGAGGGUAGCAAACCGUUGAAGUGCAUUUACGGUCGCCCUGGUCAUGAUUUCCUAGUCUCGCAAAUCGCUUGCCCUGUGCUGCAUCACAACACCACACCUGCAUGGUAUGAGGAAGUUAAAAUGCGUUUGCCUUUGGGUCUCUUCUCCGAGCACCAUUUGCUCUUCUCCUUCUAUCAUGUAUCGUGUAAUUUGGGCAAGAAACGUGAUGCUAAUGCCGCCUUCGAAACGCCUAUAGGAUAUGCUUGGCUGCCGUUGUUGCAGAAGGGUCGCAUCAAUUUGGAGGAGCAGGUCAUUGCGGUGGCGGCUACGCUGCCGGCGGGCUAUUUGUCGAUACAGCCUUUGGGGCUGGGCAAAGGGCAGAAUUGCGGUCCUGACAUACAAUGGAUCGACAAUCAGCGCCCACUUUUCAGCGUUGCCUUCCGCAUGGACUCUACUGUGCUGACAGCCGAUCAGCAUUUGCAUAAUUUUUUCGCACAUUGUGAGCGCCUGCUAGAGGGUGGAAAAACCACAGCGCUACCCGCUGAAUCGGAGACUUGCAAAAUACUUAAGGCAGCGCAUGCGAUCGACAUCAGCACGCUGAUAAAUUUUCUACCGACCGUGCUGAAUGAACUCUUCACGCUACUCGUACACACACAAUCCGAGGAGAUCGGCUUGAAUAUCAUACGUCUGCUCAUCAAUAUGAUACACAUGUUGAUCGAGGAGGCCGGACGCAAGGAGCUACUCAGCGCCUAUGUUAAGUAUGUCUUUCAUGCGCCCUACUACAGCCAGAAGACGCCGCGCACGGUACACGGCGAAUUGUGCAAGCAUUUGCCGACCAUUUUGCAUCCGAACAACACCGAUUUUCUGAUCGUCAACAAAUUCAUGCAUUACUCGGGUAUUUUUUUCGAUUUGAUCAUCAAGAGCAUGGCGCAACACCUGUUGGAUACUGGCCGCAUACGUAUGCUGCGCAAUGAACGCUUUCCCAAGGAGUACCCCGCGCGCGUGGAGAGUUUGAUCAAAGUGCUGACGCCCUAUCUGAUUUCGCGCUACAAGGAUCUGCCCGUCGAGACGCAGCAAUUGAAUAGAUCGUUAUCGCAAUUUGUGCGACGCUGCCUCAGUUACAUGGACCGCGGUUUCGUUUUCAAGCUAAUCAAGAAUUACAUGGAGCAAUUUGAGCUGGGCGAUCAGCGUACGCUGCAAGAGUUCAAAUUCGACUUUCUAGCCGAGAUUUGUCAGCACGAACAUUAUGUGCCACUAAAUUUGCCAUUCGUGCUGAAUCCAAAGAAUCGUCCACCAGAAAUGAUGCUCCAUUUUACACUCUCUCAGGAAUUCUGUAGGCAACACUUUCUUGCCGGUCUGCUGUUGCAGCAGCUGAAGCACAGCCUGAACGAGCCGACCUCUGUGCGACGUCACGCGCUGCGUAUCUUUAAGAAUUUGCUUGCCAAGCAUGAACUCGACGAUCGUUACCAGAAUCGUGGACAACUGUCGCGCAUCGCGCUGCUCUAUGUGCCCUGGCUGGGCAUUGUUAUGGAUAACGCGCAUCGCAUUGAUGAUCUCACGGGUGUGGCAACGCCCAAUGGACACGUAUACGCCGACUCAGCCUCCUACACCCAGCGCUUGUCGUGCUCCAGCAGUUAUGUGUUUGGCAAGGACACUAUUUUGGCUUCGUCAACGUCGACGCCGCGCUCGAAAAACCGCAUGACUCUCCACAUCGAACAUCCCAGUCCGCUGCGUGCCUCCGUGUACGUCAGGGAUGCGACACACGCUGCCGGCACUGCGCCACUGGCCAAUGGCAAUUCGGAGAGCUCACUGAACACGCUCAAUUCAGAUUCGCAAAACUCGCAAGACACGCCCACUUUGGGCGCUGUCACUAAUGGUCAUCACGUCACGGACCUCUCCGAGGUUGCCAUGCGUAACGGCCACAAUCGCUCCAUUAAUGUUAUGCACGGUUUGAAUAGCCUGCCGCGCUGUGACAAAUUCAACAUGGCGGAGAGUAAGGAUCUACUGCUCGGUUUCCUAUUUGUUGUAAAGCAUUUGGCACAAGAUCAGAUGAUAGGCUGGUGGCAGAACUGCACCGAAACGGAGACGCUCGCCUAUCUUAGCGUGCUCGACCUCUGCUUGGUGCAAUUUCGCUACGUUGGCAAGAAGCAUAUCAGCUUGGCUGAUGAUGGCAAGGAAGCGCGUUCGGCGCGCACGGCCAAGGCUAGCACAUUACCCGCGCGCAUGCAGCCACCGAGUGUGGAGCAAGCGUCGAACGGCAAUGGUACCACACAUGAGUCUGGCACGCUGACGCUUACGCAAAAUCGCGAGAGCCUCGUUGAGGAAACGGCGCGCAGUCAGCAGGCGCUAUAUGAGUCCAAUCUGGCAACGGAAAUCGGCAUGAUCAUACUGGAUAGCCUCGGCUUGUAUGCGGUACACUUUCGCGAUAAGUUGUGCGAUAGCCUCGUACUGCCACAACUGGCGCGCGUCUAUCUGCGCUUCCUGCAGCUCGGCCAGUCGGAAAGGCUCUCAAAGCACGUAUUUGCCGCCUUGCGCGCCUUCAUUAACAAUUUCUCACCCGCACUCUUCAAAGGCAAUGCCACGCUGUGCGGUCAAAUGGUCUACGAACUGUUGAAGGGUUGCGACAGUCGCCUCGUCGCCAUACGGCACGAGUCCUGCGCCGUGCUCUAUCUGCUGAUGCGUAGCAACUUUGAAUACACUGGCCGCAAGGGUUUGACGCGUGUUCACCUACAAGUAAUCAUAUCCGUCUCGCAAAUGAUCGGCAAUGUGAUUGGCUUGAAUAAUGCCCGCUUUCAAGAGAGUCUAUCGAUGAUCAACAGCUAUGCCAAUAGCGACAAAGCAAUGAAAGGCACUGGCUUUCCGGUGGAGGUGAAAGAUCUGACGCGUCGCGUGCGCACCGUGCUCAUGGCAACCGCUCAAAUGCAGGCACAUCACAUGGAUCCCGAACGCCUACUCGAGCUGCAGUAUUCGCUGGCGAACUCGUAUGCUUCGACACCAGAGCUGCGCCACACCUGGCUCAUUACAAUGGCGCGUAAUCACGAGCAGAAUGGCAACAUAUCGGAGGCGGCGUGCUGCCAUAUGCACAUAGCGGCGCUAAUGUCGGAGUAUUUGCGCCUACGCGGCGGCUGCAACAUCAACUGGGGCGCUUCGGCAUUCGCCAAGAUAUCACGUAAUAUACCACGCGAUGAGCAAGGCUUGAAGUUGGAUGCUGGCGCACAAGAUUCGCAGUACACCGAGCAGAUGCUGUUGGAUCAGCUGAAGCAAUGCGCCGAUUUCCUCGAUCGUGGCGAACGUUUCGAGUGCUUGGGUGAUCUUUAUAAACUCAUAUUGCCGAUGUAUGAGCGCAAUCGGUCAUACAUUGAGCUGGCACAGUCGUAUGAGCAUCUAACGCAGGCUUACAAUAAAAUCGUUGAGGUGAAUCGUUCGGGCAAACGCAUGCUGGGACGCUUCUAUCGCGUCGUGUUCUUCGGCAUGGUAUACUAUGAAGAUGAUCAUGCGGUUGAAUUUGUUUACAAGGAGCCAAAACUAACCUCACUCAGCGAGAUAUCCGAGCGUCUAUCAAAACAAUAUAAAGAAAAGUUCGGCGCCGAUGUGGUCAAGAUGAUAAUGGACUCAUCACCGGUGGAUCCCAACUCACUUGACCCCAAAUUGGCCUACAUUCAAGUGACACAUGUCAUACCAUUUUUCAGCAAAGAGGAGCUAGAUCAGCGCCUAAAUGAAUUCGAACAAAAUCAUGAUGUUGACACAUUUAUGUACGAAACACCCUUUACAAAAUCUGGUACAGCGCGUGGCAGCGUGGAGGAGCAAUGGAAACGCAAAACGGUCAUUAAAACCGCCUACUCAUUCCCGUACGUACUCAAACGUAUACCAGUGAAAUCACGCGAAAUCAUCGAACUCAGUCCAAUUGAAGUGGCAAUCGAUGAAAUGCAAACCAAGGUUUCUGAGCUGGAAGAGGUUAUACUACCGCCAGCUGAUGUGAAAAAACUACAACUGCGACUGCAAGGCAGCGUAGCAGUUACGGUGAAUGCCGGACCACUUGCCUAUGCGCAAGCGUUUUUGGAUCCCAAAAUAGCGUGUAAUUUCUCAAUUGAUCGUGUAGAGGAUUUGAAGGAUAUUUUCAGAGACUUCGUUAAAGUUUGCAAUACUGCACUCCAGUUAAAUGCGCGCAUGAUUAGCAGCGAUCAGGCGGAAUAUCACACGGCACUCACCGAAAACUAUCGCAAACUUUGUCAGGCGCUCAGCGAGCUACUCGGUGAGCCGUUUCAGCCUUUGGAUGACAGUGUCACAAGCGGACAACGCAAUAGCAUGGCUUUGUUUAAUGCAAUCAGUGGCGCUUCGCAAAAUUCAAGUACUGCCUAAAAACGAAAAACUAAUUACAAAGCAAGCAAAGAAUAAACUAAACAACGCACUCAUCCUAACACGCACACACACACACACACACACACGCUCUGACAAAAGACACACUCAAUUUAAAUGAUGUGAAUUAGUAAAUUAUAGAACAAAAAAGCAUAGCUACUUGACUAGAUUUUCGAUUUGAUUUUAAAUGACUAACUAUUAACCAAAGAAACGAAAGAAAAAAAAAACUAAAAAUAAAUUGAAAUUAUGUGUGUUGUAUAUGCGGCGAAAUGCUUAUGCGUGGUUUAUAAAAAAAACACACAUUUGUUUAAGUGGUGGGUGGGUGACUGGCUGGCUGGCAUUUUUUGGCAGACUUUACCCUCUUACUACUGGUGAUUGAUUGAUUGAUUGGAUUUAUGAGGCGUUUAACAGAAUGCUUUGAUGCGCUAGUACUUACACUGUGGGUUUCGGGAACCGCUUUUAAUGGUGAUUAACUCAUUCAAAUUAUUAAUGUAUUUAUGUAUCGAUGUGUAUACUCUACUAACAAUACAAACUCUGUAAGCCAUUAAUAAAAGCCUUUACAAAAAUGUCUAACAGAAUACGUCUAAGUAGCCACAAUAAAUUUUUAAAAUAUAUUUAUUGUUUAUUAACGUAAGGCAGUGAUUCAGUGUGAGAUAGCUGAACUAAAAAAAAAAAAAAAAAAAACAUUUUAAAGUAUAGAUGGCAAACAAAGUAGUUAUUUCGAUUGCAUUUUUAUCUCUACGGUGAUGGCCAAAACACAAUUCUUAAGAAUCAUGCAUUUUGAGUCUCUUUUUAUUUGUACUAAAUUCUCUCAAUAUUGAAUCAUAAGUAGCAACUUACAUAUGAGUUGUCCGCUCGGAUCGCAUUAAUAUUAAAAUACAUUCAGGUAUUAGCUGGUUUAAAAUAUU